CUGGAAGCGGAAUAUAUUUUAGUCAGUGACAAAGCGUCAAUAUGUGAAGGUUUUUAAAAUAAAAUAACAUAAAAAAAAAUUUUAGUGGAAAUGACCUCAUGCCAGAAUAAAGUUUGCAAUCCGUUUUACGGUGAACAACCGGAACAAUGGGUCACCGAAAAGGUUUCUGCAAAAGUAAAAGAAGUAUUGGCAGAGAUGCAGCUUACAGACGACGUUCUUCGUCAAGAUAUGACGGUUUUUGAGCAAAAUAUUGAACGAGGUUUAAAGAAAGACACUCAUCCAGACUCUAUAGUGAAAUGUUUUAUAACGUAUGUACAGGAUCUACCAAAUGGUUCAGAAACAGGAAAGUAUUUAGCACUAGACCUCGGUGGAACGAAUUUUAGAGUUUUAUUGGUGGAUCUGGCGCCAGGCAAGUGUGACCUUACUUCAGACAUUUAUAGUACCCCGGUAGAACUUCAAACAGGUACCGGAAUAGCCUUGUUCGAUCAUAUAGCAGCCAGUUUAGCAGACUUUAUAAAAAACCAUGGCUUAGAAAACGAAUUUCUUGACUUAGGAUUUACCUUCAGCUUUCCUUUAUUACAAAAAGGAUUAAGAUCUGGAACGCUUGUCAAAUGGACAAAAGGCUACAAUAUUCCUGAAAUGAUUGGUGAAGAUGUAGUGAAGUGGCUAAGGGAAGCCAUAGAAAGAAGAGGAGACGUAAAGAUAAAUGUUUGUGCUAUUUUAAAUGACACUACUGGGACAUUAAUGUCUUGUGCCUGGAAGAAUCCAAAGUGCAGGAUCGGGAUGAUCGUUGGUACCGGACAUAAUGCCUGUUAUUUGGAAAAGCAGUCAAAUGCAGAGAUGUUUGAUGAGCCAGAUUUGGGUUCUGGAAAAGUAAUUAUAAAUCUUGAGGCGGCAGCUUUGGGAGACGACGGAGCUCUUGACUUCUUGAGAACCGAUAUUGACAGAGAGGUGGAUGCCGAGUCGCCAAACCCUGGCAAGCAAAUCAAUGAAAAGCUGAUUUCUGGUAUGUUUUUGGGAGAAGUAGUCAGAAAGUAUACAUUGAAGUUUAUUAAAAGUGGAGAUAUGUUUGGUGGAAAGCAUGACGACGUAUUUUCACAAAGAGGUAUUAUUCAGACUUCCUUUAUUUCUAAUAUAGAAUCAGAUCAGACGGGGCAUUUUGAUUACUGCAAACAAAUUUUGGCCCAAAUAGGUAUAACGGACGCAAGCGAGCAAGAUAUGAUCGACCUAAGGUACAUUUGCCAACUUGUUUCCACAAGAUCCGCGUAUCUAUGUGCAGCGGAUGCAUCUGUUUUAAUUAAGAGAAUUGGUGAACCAGAUGUUGUAGUGGGAAUUGAUGGAUCUGUGUAUAAGUUUCACCCUUUGUUUAGGAGGAUUAUGAAGGAAAAGAUGAAGGACUUAUUGGAUCCCAGCUUUAAAUUUGAUCUUAUGUUAUCAGAAGAUGGAAGCGGUCGCGGAGCAGCCUUGGUAGCUGCUAUGGCUGCCAUGAGGGCUGCCUGAUAAAUAAAUGAGUUUAAUUAAAAGUGAGUUUUAUUUUAAAGAACUCAACUUAUUAUAUUAAUAUUAAAUGAUUUAAUAUAUGCUUUUGUAGACCAA